UACAAAGGCAGUCAGGGGCUGAGCAGGGUUCCACCCGGCUGGCUCCGGGCAGAAGAUUUCCCUCCCCACCUCCAGGAUUGUCCUCAUCAUCGCUCACUCUCAGCUUAAGAUUCUGGAGGCCGAGAAUUGACUCCCCCGGAUCCAUGGUCUGUGGACCCCCAUGUUCCGGCUGGAGACGGGGAGCCAGUGAGACCUGGGGCUUCAGGGUCCGCCCAAGGAGUUUGCUCAUGGCGGCAGACCUCUGGAGUGGGAUUUGAGGCCAGGCCAAAGAGAACCCCAGAGAUGAAGGGCCUCCUCCCACUGGCUUGGUUCCUGGCUUGUAGUGUGCCUGUUGUGCAAGGGGGCUUGCUGGACCUAAAAUCCAUGAUCGAAAAGGUGACAGGGAAGAACGCUCUGAAGAACUAUGGCUUCUACGGCUGUUACUGCGGCUGGGGCGGCCAAGGGACCCCCAAGGAUGGCACCGAUUGGUGCUGUUGGGUGCAUGACCACUGCUAUGGACGGCUGGAGGAGAAGGGCUGCAACAUUUGGACACAGUCCUACAAAUACAGAUUCGCAUGGGGCCUGGUCACCUGCGAGCCGGGGCCCUUCUGUCGUGUGCAGCUCUGUGCCUGUGACCGGAAGCUCGUCUACUGCCUCAAGAGAAACCUAUGGAGCUACAACCCGCGGUACCAAUACUUUCCCAACAUCCUCUGCUUCUAGGCAUCCCCAGCGAGCCUUUUCCAGACCAAGCAUUUGCUCUGUUCUUUGGCAACACAGAGUUCCUACUCUGCUGGGUUCCUGAGAGAGGCUCCUAUGUUGCAGACCUCCAUCCUUCCUGAAGCUUCGAGGACCCCCCAGGGCCAUGCUCUCCAGAGAGUCCCAGGAGAGCGACUCUAGUCAUAGGACUUGGUAGGGUCCCAGAGCCUCCACUUCUGAGGGCAGCCCCUUUGGUGCCAAGAGCUCUCCCCCAACUGAGGGUUGGCUGUGUCUCUCUUCUCUGAAGACAGCAUCCUGGCUCCAGCUGGAACACUUUCCUGAGAUGCACUUACUUCUCAGCUUCUGUGAGCAGAUUAUCACCAGCACCCUCCAGAGAAUUUCUACACAAGAAGAGCCAAAUUGACUCUCUAAAUCUGGUGCAUGGAUAUUAAAUAAAAUUCCUUCUCAAGGCUAAUAAAAACCACAUUGGCAUUUUC